AUGCCAUCCGACGCUGUCGCUGAAGCGUCCGACGCCCUAGCCAAUGCCAUUGACAAAGAGGAAAAUGUGUUAUUUUCGAUGCGCUACCCGGAGCUCCAAAAGCAAUUUUACGCGUCGAUCCUUGAGCAAACCGUCGAGCUGGAGGAUAUGAUUUGCAGAUUGCUUCAGGUUCAAACGUGCAAGAUUCAUAGACAACCCAGAGCAUGGAGGCAUGGCAGUUUCAACGUUGCCAUUAUUGUGUGGCUACCAUCUGGCAAAACUGCUUAUUUACGGCUUCCAUUUCCACACCGCAUCGGAGAACGCCCGUUUCCAGGCAACCUGGAGGAAAAGAUUCGUACAGAAACCGCCACCUAUAUCUGGCUACAGGAGCACUGCCCGAAUGUACCGAUUCCUACACUGUAUGCUUUUGGACUGCCAGAUGGCUCAAUACAUACACGUCCUCAAAAUACUACUUGGUGGCGCAGAGCUUGGACAGGUCUACGCCGUAUCUUCGCAUGUCUUCUCGGCUACCCCGCCCCGAUACGAUAUUCGCGCCAUGCAACUCGUCAUAGCCUUGCUUCUGGGUUUCUCCUCAUGAGUGAGGCGGAAGGGGAAAGUCUCGCCUUGUCUUGGCCUAAAUACUGUCAUGAUAAGAGCCGUAGAGAGAAUCUGUUCCGCGGAUUAGUACGUGUCAGUUUGUCCAUGAACUCGAUACCCCAACCUCGACUCGGAUCAUUUUCAUUCCAGGACGGCAAUAGCAACAGCAUUAGUCUCUGCAAUAGACCGCUAAAUCUAUAUAUGCAUAUGCUAGAGAAUGAGGAGAUCUUUUCAGGAAUACCUCGUGGGCAUUUCAAGCUAAGGAAACAGCCAAACGCGAUCUUUGACGAGGAGGAUGGCCAACGCCAAUUAGCAGCGAGUGCUGGGAUGCGAGCCAUUAUGCAUCACUUCAUUAACCCCGAUACCCGUCAAGGGCCAUUCUACGUCACGCUAAACGACUUGAGUCAAAAUAACAUAUAUGUCGAUGAGCAAUGGAAUGUCCGAUGUAUUAUUGAUCUCGAAUGGACCCAUACUUUACCUGCCGAGAUGCAGGCCCCUCCAUACUGGCUCACAUCUAAGUCUGUCGAUGGGUUUGACGAUCGCGACGACCUCGAAGAAUACGAAGAAGUUCUGAAUGAAUACAUUUCCAUCUACAGCGAGGAGGAGAUCCAACGGAACGGCUCAAACAAGCAGGCGGCAAUACAGCUCAAAUCAUGGGAAAAUGGCAGCUUCUGGUACUUCAAGGCCGCAACGAUACCCAAGGGCGCUUACAACAUAUUCAACUGCAACAUCCAGCCUAUUUUCAACAAAAAUCAUCCCAAUCAGUCCAUUUUUGAUAAAGUGUUCUUCUUCUACUGGGGACAGCAAGCAUCGAGCUUUAUAGAGAAGAAAGUGAAUGAGAGGAACGACUACAUAAAGGAUCUCAAGGAGGCCUUUGCUUAA